CAUCAUCUCCUCCAAACACAGGGCGGAUGUUUUGCAGCAUUAAGAGCUCCUCCAAAGAUUUGAAGAAAAACAAUGUUCGCUUUGCUGCUGAAGAGUCAUGCAAAGACGUUGGUGAGCUUUCAUGGAGAUCUAGGUUGUGGAAAUAGGAUAGAAAACCCCAAGAGGCUUUGAUUUCCCAACUGCGCUCAGCAUGCUCCACUUUUGUUUCAUGAUGUGUUUCCUGUCAGUCGUAAACGGUCAGUCGCCAAAUCCUUUGUCCAAGAGGGAUCGUCCCCUCACUGUUCAUCCGUCCCAGUUGGUCUGCAGUCUGCCAGGUCCUCCUGGGCCUGCAGGAAAUCCAGGAGCACCUGGACAACCAGGGUCUGUGGGGCUGAUGGGACCACCGGGAAAGGACGGGCCGGAUGGAAGUGAUGGAGAGAAAGGAGAAAGGGGGGCCAGAGGGGAUCCCGGGAGAUCUGGCAAUCCUGGAAAGCCAGGUGUGAAAGGUCGCGAUGGAGUUAUUGGCAAAGCAGGACCUCGAGGACUUAAGGGGUUGCGUGGACCACCAGGUGUGUCUGGCAAACCCGGACAGAAAGGGGAGCUGGGUGACACAGGCCAGCCAGGAGCUCCAGGUGGCUGUAGCUGUGGCCGCACAGCCCGAUCCGCCUUCUCUGUUGCCGUGACAAAGAGUUAUCCAAAAGAACGGAUACCAAUACGAUUUAACCGCAUCUUGCUGAAUGAGGGGAAUCACUACAAUGCCAGCAGUGGGAAGUUUGUCUGUGCAAUCCCUGGGGUCUACUUCUUUAGCUAUGAUAUCACACUGGCUAACAAACACCUGGCCAUUGGGCUGGUUCACAACGGGCAGUACAAGAUCAGGACAUUUGACGGCAACACAGGAAACCAUGAUGUGGCGUCUGGUUCCACCGUUCUUCACCUAAAGCGUUCUGACGAGGUUUGGCUGCAGAUCUUCUACUCUGAGCAGAAUGGACUCUUUUUUGACCCUUUUUGGACCGACAGCACCUUUACUGGCUUUCUUAUUAACCCUGAACAUCAGUUUGUCAGUGAGGCAGAUAGAAAAUCACACACUGAACAAAACAGUUGAUACUGUGAUGCUCAUUUAUUUUGCCUCAACUGUUGAAUUCUCGUUUGUAUAGGAAACUCUUAAUGCUUUUUCUUAUUCAGACACCAGGGGGCGCAGAAGGAAGAAAAAAAUUAAAACAUGACAUAUUUCCUUGAGAUUGGAGUGACAUUUGAAACUUUCAAAGUAAAACAUUUAUUUUAUUAAUUUACUAACAUCUUUCACCUGUUUAGAUGUCUACGUGAUAGUAUUUUUGUGUAUGUUACAUGGUUAUCAUAGAGAAUGAACUCAGUAGCCGGGGAAUCUAACAUCUAACAAAAUCCACUGAUGCACUGGGGGCAGGUUUAUUCAGGACGUUUUCCUUUAAAUCGGAACUGAUAUCAGCACACUCUUUCUGUGUGAUAUACCACUAGCUCCAAAUAUUGUACUGAAGAUUACUGUGAAUUCCAGCUGAACUGUAUAAAAUUGUAUUGUUGCUCAACGUUUUUUUAUUUAAAAAAAAAAUCUGCAUUAUAUUAUCUUGGGGAGGUCCUCUGGUUUAUGUAGUUCAAAUGAAACUUCUAAAAUUUGCAAAGGUAAGUGAAACAUAAAUGUUUACUUGGAGCACUGGUUAGAUAAUGUAUAAUACUGUGUAGCACAAUGUUAAAAAAUGCAGUAUUGAUAAACAGAAUCACACAAGGAAAACAACCAAUACAAACUUAUUAACAACUGAACUGUGUAUUCUCCCCACCACUUCUGAUAUACCCUUAAUAAGAUUCAUCUUGUGCAUUGUUCUAGUCAAAUAUUG